AUGUCUCAACAACUACAAAUUGCACCGUUGCAGGCGUUUAUAAAUGUUGUUACUUUGGGAUUCCUGGCCACUGUAGUUGGCAUCAAAGGCCUCCUAGAGGUGCGAACGGAUGCACACGUGUGGAGCAGCAGUGUUGACAUGCGCUUUGAUCUGCGCUGCUCUGUCAUCCCAACCGCCGCCACCGCCAACGCAACCACCACCACCGCUGCUGCUGCCAAUACCGCCACGGCUGGGAGUGCUUUAACCAGCACGCCAAGAAUUAAUUCUCAGGAGCGCCAGACAUCACCUAGUCAACAGGAGGGGAGUUGGUCGCAACGCCUGUCAGACCAAUGGAAUUUAGACAAUGUGCGUCCCACACCGGCAGCAUUAGACCUGUCCUUCAAGGCUUUCUCUGCCACUAAAAGAGCCGUCUCGAGUGUCCUUCUUGCCUCACCAAUUCAACUGAAAGCUACACUGUUCGACCCCACAGUCACCUAUACCACAUUUGUGGUCGAGUCCUGUUAUGCAACUUCGGUGGCUACAACUUCGGAGGUAAUGCACGUGGAAAUUAUUAACCGUGGGUAA